GCUUCCUGUCCACACUGCAGGCUAAUUUUCCUCUGAGGACAAAGCUAAAACUAUUUGUAUGAACGUCAACUAGUCAUUUAUUUUGUUCCAACUCGGCGAAACUUGAAGUAAAGGGUUGAAAAUGGAAAAGAGUGGGAGCGUCGACAGUUUGGGUUCCAAACAAUCAUCCUCUAGGCAGCCGAGUGUUGACUCACUAUCCAGUUCCUCAACGUCACGGUCUGACCGGUCCUCUCAGGCAAAGGCUCCUUCAGCUGUAUCCUCGGAUUCUGUUUCGGUACCUGGCUCCCCCUUGUCUCCCGAACUUCGGUCCAACAUUACAAGAAGCAAGCCAGUCACCAAGGUCUUCAGAGAUGCUUUCAAGGAGGAUCCACAGUUGUUGAGCAAGGAGACAGUACAAGAGACAGCCAAAGACGUCACCUACAUUUGUCCUUAUAUUGGAGCACUGAGAGGGACCUUGACUGUCACAAACUAUCGACUGUUUUUCAAAAAUAUUGACCGGGAGGCAGGCGUGGUGUUGGACAUACCUCUUGGAGUUCUGAGCCGCGUGGAGAAGAUUGGGGGUGCUUCAAGUCGUGGGGAUGUGUCCUACGGCAUCGUCUGUAAGGAUAUCAGAAAUCUGCGCUUUGUACAUAAACAGCCUGACGAUACUCUAAAGAAGUCAAUCUUCGAGAACCUCAUGAAAUAUGCCUUCCCUGUCUCCAAUGGAAUGCCGCUCUUUGCCUGCGAGUAUGACCAGGUUUUCCCUGAGAAUGGAUGGAAGGUGUAUGACGCCCAGGCUGAGUAUAAGCGGCAGGGGUUGCCCAAUGAGAGCUGGAGGAUGUCCAAGGUGAACGACCACUAUGAGCUGUGUGACACAUACCCGUCCACGCUGGUUGUGCCUGUGACCAUGCCUGACGAGGAGUUGAAGAGAGUGGCUGCCUUCAGAGUCAAGGGACGCCUUCCUGUGUUGUCGUGGAUCCACCCGGAGAGCCAGGCCACCAUCACCCGCUGCAGCCAGCCCAUGGUGGGCAACAACGGCAAGCGCAGCAAGGAGGACGAGAAGAUGCUGCAGGCCAUCAUGGACGCCAACGCCCAGUCACACAAGCUCUUCAUAUUCGACGCCAGGCCCAGCGUCAACGCGGCAGCCAACAAGAUGAAGGGUGGUGGUUUCGAGAGUGAGGACGCCUAUCAGAAUGCAGAGCUGGUGUUUCUGGACAUCCACAAUCUCCACGUGAUGCGGGAAUCGCUACGGAAACUUAAGGAGGUGGUGUAUCCAAACAUUGAGGAUUCUCAUUGGCUGUCCAACUUGGAGUCAACCCACUGGCUAGAACAUAUCAAGUCCAUCUUGGCGGGCGCCUUGCGGAUCGCCGACAAGGUGGAGUCUGGCAAGACGUCGGUGGUGGUGCACUGCAGCGACGGCUGGGACCGCACGGCGCAGCUGACCUCGCUGGCCAUGCUGAUGCUGGACGCCCACUACCGCACCAUCCGGGGCUUCCAGGUGCUGCUGGAGAAGGAGUGGCUCAGCUUCGGACACCGCUUCCAGCUGAGGAUUGGCCAUGGAGACAAGAACCACACAGAUGCAGACCGCUCUCCUGUCUUCCUGCAGUUCAUUGACUGUGUUUGGCAAAUGACUCGACAGUUUCCAGCAGCAUUUGAGUUCAACGAGUCCUUCCUCAUCACAAUCCUGGACCAUCUCUACAGCUGUUUGUUUGGCACAUUUAUGUGUAACAGUGAGCAGCAACGACUCAAAGAGGAAUUACCAAAGAAGACUGUGUCACUGUGGUCUUUUAUCAACAGCCAGCUUGAGGAGUUCUCUAACCCUCUGUAUGUGAACUACUCCUCCCAUGUCCUGUUUCCUGUAGUCAGCAUGCGCCACCUAGAGCUCUGGGUAGGGUACUACAUCCGCUGGAACCCUCGCAUGAGGCCACAGGAGCCUCUGCACCAACGCUACAAAGAGCUGCUGGCAAAGCGUGCUGAGCUCCAGAAGAGAGUGGAGGAGCUGCAGCGAGAGGUGUCCAGCCGCGCGGCCUCCUCUUCCUCGGAGAGGGCCGGCUCCCCCACGCGCUCCAUCACACCCGUGCAGACCUUCGUCUGACUGGACAGGUGCCUCACAGAGAGACAGAGAAAUAUGGAGGAGGGAUAGAGAGAGCUAGAAAGAGAGAGAGAGCUAGAAGAGGUUUCAUCCACGAGACCCUGAGGGGCCCACAAGCAUGGCUGCUUUUACAUACAGCACAACGUUUGGGCCACAGGGCCCACGGCUGACUACAUGCCAUAAAUUGCCUUGGUCCCGCCAUAUGCUGUCAGUAAAGUGCAGCACCACUAAGACUUUUAACAUGGAGAGAUCCUAGCAGCAAGUUUUCAUUUCCGCUAACUAGUUUCUAGGUGGCUACUUGGUUCAUUGUAGAUGCAGGCUACUAAUGAAACUAGGUGUGAAUUAAGUUUACGUUUAAAAUACUAAUGCACUUGUUCAGUGUUUGUUUUACGUUUGAUAUAUUAAGAAACAAGGGCACAGAGAAAAAUGCCAUAGUUCAAGUGAAAUGAUCUCGAAAGGUUUUGCAAAAAAUCGUACAAUGCCAGGAAAGAUGAUGUCCAAAUGUGCUUCCGACUGUACUGGAUUUAUCAAGAUGGUUCUUUGUAAAUGAAAGACUACGCUACUGUUCCUCCUGGUUACUUGAGGGUUUCCUGUUUUAAGAAGACAUCAAAAAGUGUUGGUAUCAGAGCAUGCAGGACUCUCAUACAGGAGUUUACUGGGAUAGUAUAGAGUUUAAAUAGGUCAUCAGUCUGUGUUUGUAAUAGGUAUUGUUGAAAUACGUCAGAAAAUGUUAACUUUAUUUAACCGGCAGGAAAAUGGAUCAGCUUUACUUGGUUCAUCAGCUUUAUGAUAAUGUACUAGGAAAACAGAUGAGUGUGUGUUUGUGUGCUUAUGUACAUGUACGUAUGUACAGAAUGCAUGUAUGAAUGUGUAAGUAAGAAGCUUGAGCCAGAGUGUGCUUUAGAAUGAUUUUAACCCCCAAGAGACCUACUGCUAAAAACUGUAAGCAAGUCCAUAUACAUUCCUAUAGUUACCAUAUACAUGGCUGCAUGGGGCGGGAAGAUCUUAGCGGUGUAGCCUUGUCCAUAGAACCCAGCUAUUAGCAAUAGUCCACCUAAUAUGCCCCAUAGCAUCCAUAGCCCACUUAAUAUGCCACAGAAUUUCUCUCCCAGUGCAGACGAUCAUAUCACUAAUGCUGGACUAGAACCAUGCAAAACAAAAAAAAUGAGAACAAGUACUACUAUAACGUAUUACUGUAUAUAUGCAGGAUUUGAGAAUUUCCAUUGUGUUAUUCACUAUGAUGUCCUUAAUGCACAAGCUGAACUCUAUAGAAGGGUAUCAGGGAGGACGACUCUGAGGGUAGUUACAUGCACAGAGUAUUUCGGUUUCAAACGGAUUAUUUUCAGUAUUCAGUUUCAAACAAGUUUCAAAAUAUUCCGAUUACAUGUGUGGAACAGUGUUCUGCAAAUGGAAUAUUCCCGAAAUACUGUACAGACACAUUCGAAAUGAUUAAGGAGUGUACACGACUCGAACGAAAAAAUGAAUACUGACACCAUUCUGUUUAAAAUCUAAAUAUUCCUCACAUGUGGCCUAACUGUGUUCAUCAUUGUCUCAGUCACGUCUCAUAUUAGUACUUAAGAUGUGCUCGCUUUUCCAAGCACAUCCAUCUUAUUAACCAAACCCAUGCUGCAUUUUAUUCCACAUAAUACAUACCUGGCCAUUUCAGUGGGCUUUCUUGUCAAUACUGUAGCAUUCCAUUACGAUACAUGAAUGAGGCCCAUCAGGUGACAAACUGUACCAGUGUAUUCAACACUCCAUUGUGAAUAAAAUAUAUGCAUAUCACUCAA